GUGAGAGGUGGCCUGAGUCAGGUUGCGCGGGUUGUCUCUGGCUGCAGGUGGGAACAGACUGGAUGCAGGGACAGGAGCAGGAGACCAGCGAGGAGGCUGGUGUGAUGGUGCAGGGAGAGUGGCCGUGGCCAGGCCACCAUCUGUUUAAUUCAUGUAUAUAUUCCACAGUUUCAUUUCACAAGUAUGUGAAUGUUUCACUGUGCUCCAUCCUGGGCAGGGCUGGGACCAGAGCAGCCCCAAGGAUUGCCAUCAGGAAGCCUAUAGACCUGUGGGGGAAAUGAACAGUCAUCAGACAGUGACAGUCCAGGCUAGGGACGAGAGCUGCCCAGGGGCACCGGCUCGGGGAGAGGGCAUGUGAGCAAGAGGCUUGAAGGACGCAUGGGAAUUUGCUGGGCACAGAAGGGCAAGGAUGGUCUGGACAGAGGGAAGGGUAUGUGCUGGUGGCAGGAGAGAUAAGUCAGAAGAGCCCCUCCUGGGAGGGAAUUCCACUUGCAUCCCACAGUUGAUUUGUGGAUUUGAGGCAAGUGGUUUGUGCUUGGAGCGUCAGUCGCCUCCUCUGUGUAGCAGGAGUGGCGAGGGAUCAGGUGCACAGGGUUGUUUGAGCUGGACAUAGCUCCUGAUAAGGAGUCAACAGUGAAGGUCCCUUUCAAGUCCCCGACGCUUACACACAGCCUUUAUUAGCCUGUAUUUGCGCAGUCACCUGAGCCUUCUGUUUGUCUGACGUCGCCUCCCCCAGAAGGCGAACUCUCCCAGGGCAGGAGCCGCAGCCCACGGUCUCUGCUCCUGCCAGCUCCACCCAGCCCAGGAUUAGUUACUCAGUCACCCGUGUUUAUUGAGAGUUAUGUGUCCCAUACAGUUUGGGAUGCUAGGGUCACAGGUAGCCACCAGGACCUCCCAAAGUUUACCAGUGAGCAGGCAGUAAACAAACUGAACACCUGAACCAGGAUAAGUGUAGAUGGCGUGGGGUGUGACCAGGGAGGUGCCCACGUUAGGCGGAGUGACCAGGUGAGGAGGAGCGUUUGAGAUGAGUACGAGGGAGCGGUUGUGCGGGAGCUGUGGAUGGACAUUCUAGGUGGACGCAACCGCAACUGCGGACGCCUCGUCGUGGAAUGAAGUUUGAGAGCUUAAGGAACAGGAGGAGGCUGGAAUGGCUGGGACGGCCAGGAGCGGGGCAUGAGGUCUGGGAGGUGCAGGACCUGGUCACCGGGGCUUUGGGCCUCAGGCACCACACCCCACUCUGGCCGGAGCACACCCAGCAGCUCCCCAUCUCUCCGUAAGCGCCUGCAGCUCUUGCCCCCAAGCCGACCCCCUCCUGAGCCAGAACCAGGCACCAUGGUGGAGAAGGGGUCAGAUAGCUCCUCGGAAAAGAGUGGAGUGUCCGGGACCCCCAGCACCCAGAGCCUGGGCAGCCGAAACUUCAUCCGCAACAGCAAGAAGAUGCAGAGCUGGUACAGUAUGCUGAGCCCCACCUACAAACAGCGCAAUGAGGACUUCCGGAAACUGUUCAGCAAACUCCCUGAAGCUGAGCGCCUCAUCGUGGAUUACUCCUGCGCCCUGCAGCGGGAGAUCCUCCUUCAGGGGCGCCUCUAUCUCUCCGAGAACUGGAUCUGCUUCUACAGCAACAUCUUCCGCUGGGAGACCACGAUUUCCAUCCAGUUGAAGGAAGUGACGUGUCUGAAGAAGGAAAAGACAGCCAAGCUGAUCCCCAAUGCCAUUCAGAUCUGUACAGAGAGCGAGAAGCACUUCUUCACUUCCUUUGGCGCCCGUGACCGCUGCUUCCUCCUUAUCUUCCGCCUCUGGCAGAAUGCACUGCUUGAAAAGACGCUGAGUCCCCGCGAGCUCUGGCACCUGGUGCAUCAAUGCUACGGCUCCGAGCUGGGCCUCACCAGUGAGGACGAGGACUACGUCUGCCCCUUGCAGCUGAAUGGUCUGGGGAGCCCCAAGGAUGUGGGAGAUGUAAUUGCCCUGAGCGACAUCACCCCCUCUGGGGCUGCCGACCACAGCCAGGAGCCAAGCCCUGUGGGCUCACGCCGAGGCCGCCUCACCCCCAACCUGUCCCGGGCCAGCAGCGAUGCAGACCAUGGGGCAGAGGAGGACAAGGAGGAGCAGACGGACAGCCAGCCAGACGCCUCCUCCAGCCAAACGGUGACCCCAGUGGCAGAACCCCUGAGUACAGAGCCCACCCCGCCUGACGAGCCCACUUCCCUGGGCCCCUUGGACUUGCUGCCCAGGGAGGAGCUGUUGACCGACACGAGUAACUCCUCUUCAUCCACCGGGGAGGAAGCCGACCUGGCCGCCCUGCUUCCCGACCUCUCUGGCCGCCUCCUCAUCAACUCGGUCUUCCACGUGGGUGCCGAGCGGCUGCAGCAGAUGCUCUUCUCAGACUCGCCCUUCCUCCAGGGAUUCCUGCAGCAGUGCAAGUUCACAGAUGUGACCUUGAGCCCCUGGAGUGGGGACAGCAAGUGCCACCAGCGCCGUGUGCUGACUUACACCAUUCCCAUCAGCAACCCACUGGGCCCCAAGAGCGCCUCCGUGGUGGAGACACAGACGCUGUUCCGGCGCGGCCCACAGGCGGGCGGGUGCGUGGUGGACUCAGAGGUGCUGACGCAGGGCAUCCCGUACCAGGACUACUUCUACACCGCCCACCGCUACUGCAUCCUGGGCCUCGCCCGGAACAAGGCCCGGCUCCGAGUGUCCUCGGAGAUCCGCUACCGGAAGCAGCCGUGGAGCCUGGUGAAGUCCCUGAUUGAGAAGAACUCCUGGAGUGGCAUCGAGGAUUACUUCCAUCACCUGGAGCGAGAGCUCGCUAAGGCCGAGAAGCCGUCCCUGGAGGAAGGCGGGAAGGAUGCCCGGGGGCUGCUCUCAGGUCUGCGGAGGCGAAAGCGGCCCCUCAGCUGGAGGGGCCACGGAGACGGGCCCCAGCACCCAGACCCGGACCCCUGCACCCGUGCUGGCAUGCACACCUCGGGCUCCCUCAGCUCCCGCUUCUCGGAACCGUCCAUGGACCAGGGCCCUGGGGCAGGCAUCCCCAGCGCCCUGGUUCUCAUCAGCAUCGUCCUCGUCGUCCUCGUCGCCCUCAACGCCCUCCUCUUUUACCGCCUCUGGUCUCUGGAGAGGACUGCCCAUACCUUCGAGUCCUGGCACAGUCUGGCCCUGGCCAAGGGCAAGUUCCCCCAGACGGCCACAGAGUGGGCCGAGAUCCUGGCCCUGCAGAAGCAGUUCCACAGCGUGGAGGUGCACAAGUGGAGGCAGAUCCUGCGGGCUUCCGUGGAGCUCCUGGACGAGAUGAAGUUCUCGCUGGAGAAGCUACACCAGGGGAUCACAGUCUCGGACCCUCCCUUUGACACCCAGCCACAGUCUGAAGACAGCUUCUCCUGAGACCGCCUGGCCACCCGGCUGUCCUCUCAAGUGGACAGAAGGACACAAAGAGCCCCAGCGGCCACUGCUGGCACGGUGCGAACGCCGGGAACCUCCUGCCUGCCCCUCCCGGUGGGCCUGCCGAGGGCCAUGCAGACGUGGGGACCACAGAAGCAAGAAGCACUUUAGACCAGCGUGUGCAAGUCCAGCUGCCAUUGCCCGCCCAGCCAGGGAGCUGGCCUGGCCUUUGGCGGCCCCGCACUAACUUAUUUCGCCUGGCUGGGGUUGUGGGGGGUACCCCCUGGGGUGCACGCUUCCCUCAGCUCUGGGUUUAAUGUAUUAUAUUUAUUGGGGGCCGACAAAGCCCUAAUAAAGGGUUGGAAGCGGC